UGGGCCGUUCUCAUAGGCAUCGACGACUACGAGCACGCAUCUCGACUGAACGGCGCCGUCAAAGAUGCGCUCGACGUCCGAGAUUACCUCCUCGGCUCGCUGCACGUUCCCCAAGAGCACAUCCGCACGCUCACGAAUGGUGACGCCACACGGAAACGCAUCCUCGACACGCUCUACACCUUUCUGCGGGAUAACGACAACAUCGAGCGUGGUGACGCCGUUCUCGUCUAUUUCGCCGGCCACGGGACGACGUAUCCCUCGCCAUCCACGGAGUGCCCCUCGGAGACGGUAGAAGCAAUCCUCCCUCGCGACCGUGGAAGCUCGAGGUUCCCAACAGGAAAGCGCACGCCCGACAUCAGCGACCGGGAGAUCCAGCUGUUCAUGGGGGAGCUGCGGGACGCAAAGAGCGAGAACAUCACCGUGAUCCUCGACUGCUGCUUCUCAGCUGGCAGCAGCAAC